UCGUCAGAUUAAUCGUAUCGUAUGGUUUGUCUUCUUUUCGUGCAUAUUCCAUUUUCCUUCUGUAUUAGUUCUUUAUGGCGUAAUUUCUUUCUGUUAGUGACUUAGUCAAAAGUAUAACAAAUUUUCUAUAUAUACAACCCAGUUUCAAUCAAACUUUCUGAAAAAAGUUCUUGUCGUUCUUAGAGUUUUGUAAAAUUACAUGGUGUUACUGACUUGCUGCAACUGCAGUAUUAAUUUCUACCUGUCACAGUGUUGCUGUAUACGUCGUUUUCUCGCAGUUGAUCUUCGCCCUUGUGCACAACUGUAGAUAUUCUAAUGCGCACUGAAGUAUUGCAUAAUUAUCUCUUGGUGUAGUUCCCCAAAACGGAUGAACCUGUCCAAAUCUUAUCACGCAUAUUUCGCCAUGAAUCUUACCACUACCAUGCUUCCUGCCGAGUUCUGCAUGCAGACAGUAUUGCGUUGACGCCGUUGAGACAUUGCAACGGUAUAUUGCGCAUUGUGUUGUCAAGUGCACACAGCUGUUCCGAUUGUCGGUUUGAAUAGUGUUUUGCUUUGCAGCGGGUAUAGGAAGUGUGCAUUCCUCAUCUGGAUACUUAACUUAUUUAAUUUAUACAAGAGGUCGACUUGACGCUGACGAUCAACAAGCUACUAUUUAUCUUUCCACUGCCUGAUUCCCCGCCAUGUCAUCGAACAGCCUGAAUGUAUCUAACCCUGGCCAUGACGGCGCUGAGCAAACAGUGCACAGCGGAAGUAGUACGGCAGGAGCCGUGAUGUUCACCGACAGCCUGCACAGCUCCGAUCUCUUGGCCAGUGCCCCACACGGACCCCGCUCACGUGCCAACACCUGGCCGGUGAAUAUUGUUGAGCGGUGCGCCGAUGACCAGGAUGUGGAUCGGCUGCCUCCCUUGCCGGAAGAAAGCAACAGUGGUUCAUCGAAUGAGAACCUCUCGGGUUCGGGUCUGGCGCUGGCCGUGCCGUCCGGAGGUGCCGCGGCGCUGGCCCUCGCUAAGAAUAAAAAGAACAGUGCCCGGCGCAAUCCCUGGGGGAAUAUGUCCUAUGCGGAUUUGAUUGAGAAAGCCAUUGACAGUGUGCAGGAUAAGCGUUUGACCCUGUCGCAGAUCUACGACUGGCUGGUGCAGAAUGUUCCCUAUUUCAAGGAGAAAGCGGAUUCUAAUAGCUCGGCUGGAUGGAAGAAUUCUGUGCGACACAAUUUGUCCCUCCAUAAUCGCUUCAUGCGCGUUCAGAAUGAAACUGGUACCGGCAAGAGUUCCUGGUGGAUGGUUAAUCAGAGCGCUAAAUUCGACAAACCAUCGCGCCGUCGGGCGGCAACACUGGAAACCAAAGAAUAUGAAAAGCGGAAAGGUCGAUUGAAGAAGCAGCAUAUUAUGCGCGAUCGUGAGCUGGUAGGCGGAGAAUAUGAUCGUAACAUCAGUCCAAUUAGCCCAGCUGUAGCUCCCCAUAGCCCGUUGUAUCAGCAUCUUGCCGUAUCCGAUUUUCGAUCUCGUGCCAGCUCAAACGCCAGCAGUUACAUCUGCCUGUCUCCUAAAUCUCCCGGUGGCAACGGUGUAGACCCCGAUCGCUGCUCCUCACCGGCACAAUCUCCCCAUGCAUGGUCGACAUCCGGCUACGACAGUACCGGCUCAAUCAAUGGCCGUCUCGGCACGGAAUUUGGCUUUUCAUAUGAGAGCGAUUUUGCCAAUCAAUUAGCUAAAAAUGUUAACCUAACGGAGAACCGGCCCGCAUUGGCCCACUCAUCCUUUGAUCACGGAAGCAAAUUGCAGCAGGCAGCAGCAGCCGGCUUCUGCGCUGCCGGCAACGCUAGCACGACGGCCAACACGAGUGGAGCACCGAUUGGCAAUUAUCAUCCCAUGGCGGGUAUUAGUAACGGGUUUUUAACGUCAUACACCGGCCAUCAAACCGAUCCACGCAAUGCAGCGUUCUAUGGACAGAAAUUUGCCAGCAUUCCUGAAGAGCCACGGUUAGGCGUUAUGCCACAGAAUGGCUUGUACGAUGGACGGAAGGCCAACACGACGUCGAGCCUCGUGUUGGGCGCCGGAAGUGUAAGCGGAGGAGGCUAUACUGCAUUUAGUCAGCCGCAGGCCAGUUGGGCGCCGGCACUGCCACACGAUUUGGAGUCGUUUCCAGAUCCAAUGCACACCUUCGAUUUUGACUGGGAGGAACUGCUGCGCCACGAAGUAGCCAUGGAUCAUCUGCAUUUCAAUGUACACGGACAUACUGGAACGACACAUGCACACAACGGGCACAGUCAUCACAACAUGAUUGCCACCGGCACCCAGUCCAACGGGCUGGGACACGGAAAGCCCUAUGUUAAUGGCGAAAUGAAAUGACACGUUGGGAAAUAUUAAUUUGCUGCUGUAUGGAUACGCUAAAGUUUAGUGUUUAGUUUUGUUUUGAAAUUGUUAGUAUUUAACACGUACUCGUUUGGGACAGAGAACAGAUAUAAUUUUCUUUUGUUAAAGUCGUUUUUGUUAGAUGGUGUAAUUGUGUACUGUGAGGAAAUCUUCACGACGGUGCGAUUUGAUUCAUUACGUCCAAAAGCGGUGCUGUAUUAUUUUUUGGCUCUUGGCUCAUUUCAGAAGAGAUCGUAUACAUUAUGUAUUUGAUUUUUAGAUUUUUCAAGAUGUUUAUUAUUUUCAUGGAAUUUGGUCUCAUGAAUCUAAUUUAUCCCCUGUUGUUCCAUAUCAUUGAUAGUCUAAGAGAGAUAAAUAUAGUGAAAAUGA